UCAGUAUUCAGUUGUUCCGGUCGAGCUUUAUGCGUCGCACGCGUACAGACGGUGUACACCAUCGUCGUUCUCGUCAUCUAUCGCGGUCGUGGUCGAUACCGCUCAGUUACGGUUAAGUUUCCUCUCGUUUAACUUUUGCGUUUUGUUUUUCCUUACGUUUAUAUCGACCACCAGUACUAUUAUCGUUCCAUCAAUCACCCUACCGACGUAAAUAGUACUAAUUAUUAUCAUUAUCAUCGAAGUUAUUAAUUUUCUGUAACCCGUUAAACAAUUAACAACGUUCUCCGAGGUCCUCAAUAUGAUGAUAGUCGCCGACUAGUUCGUUUUAUCUACAGUCGAAUGUUAUUGCUGUCACGAACGUUCAUAAAUUAAGAGACAUAUAUAAGAACAUUUUUAUGAACUACGAAAAGAACUAUUUGUAAGGUACAGCGUUAUGAUAAUGAUACCGAAACAGACGACUAGCAAACGACGUUAAAUAUAAAAACAAGCAUGACGUAUUGGCUGAUGUUAAUGCUGUCCAUCUGGCCUGUUGCAGUCUCGUCAGAGGGUUGCAAGUUCCCGCCCAAAUGGGAGGGUGUAUGGUUCCAGUCCGGUAUCCGACAGUCAAUCGUCGUGCAGGCCAACCGGUUCAGCAUCAAAGGCAAGUGCGUGGACUCAGACGGUGACAAGUAUCUACUUUCGGACGAGAAAAAGCCAUGUUACCGGUGUGUGGUCAUUCACGAGAAACAUCACAACGUUCUCCAAUACAAAGAAACCUUUUGCAACGAAAUGGGAACGCUGAAGACCAUCUGCCCACUGAUUACCGGCGACGCGCUCCUGUACUCUAUGUUCCGGGAGUCCGGAAAUCCCAUGCCGUGUCCGUUCAAGCCACCGUACACGUUCACGUACAACCGUGGUCACGGUGACUGCAAGAAUCCCGUUUCCACAGUAGAGGCUUGUACUCAAGAAUCGAGGCUGUUGAUCCGGUACCAGGCGUGUCCAGAUGUUGAAGGAUCGGAGAGUGCUCUCGAAGAAGUUGAAUGCAUUGCCGGUUGGAAAGAAGGAUCAUACCGUUUCCUCGUGGGUAGGGUUCACCAUAGCAAUGGGAUACCAAUGUCGACUGAAGACCGGUUCAAGUGUUUCAUAUAUGAACGAACGACAUCUCAGAGACAACUGAAAGGUUCCGGUGGUUCUGGAGACAUCGAGUACAGAGUGGCUCAGUCUGGCGACGCCACAUGUAGUGGUCUUUUCAGUCCCCUUGAAGGAUCCAGGACUAUGAUAUUGAAAAAGGAAAUAUUUGAGACAAAAUGUAGCUUUCCAUUAUGGCUAACUGAAAACCAAAGGUGGCGAACGUUGGAUCACGGUAAAACGUUCACGUUCCUGCAUCACCACAACAACAACACGCUAAAACUGGUGUCCAGCUCGUUGGAUCGCGUAUUCGCUGCGCAGACCAUACAGGCUUCACACCAAUUCUUCUACAAUCAGCCAUUGGUGGCACCUCUACCCGGACACGAGAUGAAAUUCUCUUGUCAGCAAGAAAUAGAAGAGUUACCACACCAGUUCAGGGUGAUGGCGCACUACGUUACUGGAUGCCAAAGCGGAUAUAUUUGUUUAGACUUCCACCGGAGAGCAUAUGACUUGGCAGAACUUCAAAUGGGCCAGCCAAGCAGGAGACCCGAAGACGCGUGUAACUCUCCGAACUUUGAUGCACACGCUACGGAUUCAAUUACGCUAGUGGCUUCCAAGUCGGACUUUCGAAAUUGCCCUUAUAAAGGAAUUUACACGAUAAAAAGAGUCAGUAAAAGUAUGUCGUGGAACGAUGCAUCUUCAAUUUUACCGAGUAAAAAAAAUCUAAAUUUACCGGUGGACUUGUUAACUUCUGACAAUCAUCCGUCUAUUGUGUUAACUACGACUUCACCGCCUUCGCCCAAACGUCACUCAUCCGAACACUACGAGAAAUCAUCGGACGAUUGGAGUGUAACGUACAAGAAAUUACAGCCCGACUUACCAAGUCUUGUGAGGUCCAGAAAAAACAUAAGCAAGGAAUUCGAACGACUAUCAGAAUACGACGAUGACGAUGAGGCAAUAUUGCGUAGAGUUAAAAGAAAAGGCCGACGGAUUUUGAGCAGCAAAACAAUCGCCGACGAAGAAUGCAAAUUGAACUUGACUUCGAUUGUGUUCUCCUGUGGAUCUACUGACUCAAUAGAACUAGUAGCAGAGUGUCCUCGAUUGACACACAUACGAUCAGCCUACAAGUGUCACGGGAGUUGGAAAGAUAACAGCACGACGUACCAGAUAAUCAGCAGCGACUUACCGUCGGCGGCCGGCUGGAAGAAGCUGUACUGCCUUGCGUACGUCAAAUGGCCUCCGGACCGCCUGCAAGUGUUCGUAUACGCAGAUAACUGUAACCCAAACAACAACCGUACCACGGUAAUUGGGCCCGACGAAGGGCUCCUUUUGUCAUUUAACAUUUCAUUAUCACCAUCUGGCGAAAAACCGUGUAACGAGGUCAACGAGUCGACGGUCGUCAGAGCCACCUUGACCGUGAUAUUGGUCACCGUCGGUCUACUCUUCCUGCGGCAGUCGGCCGAUAGAUGAUUUUCGUAUUAAAUCGUGCUAAAUCUCAAAACCAUAAUACCACCGCCGAAAAUAUUGUGUGUAUACGUCAUUGUUUCGUUGUUUCCUUAUAGCAAAUGCAUUUUGACAAAACUUUAUUUUUUUUCUAAAUAGUGUAAAUAAUAUUAUACUAACACACAUGCGAACGCGCGAGCGAUUAUUUCUAUAAUAGUUCAUGACAUGUAGAGACGGACAAAAAUGAAACAUAUUUUGUGAUGCUAUUUGAGAUAAUUAUAUUUUGAGAAAAAAAUUUACGUAAUGAUGUAAUCAACCGCUUUUUUUGUUUCAUAAUAAUAAUAUGUACGUAUAAUAUGAUGGUGAAUAGUGUAUACGUAUAUAAGACUGAUCGCCGUUUUCAUACCUUUCCGUAGACGCAUUUUGUUCAGUUCGAAUUUGUGGGUUCGGGGGGGUUGUGUGCAAAAAAACGAAGGACGUGGCAUAACAUUUUUGUACGUGGCCGUUUCGACGGGAUGAAUUCACUCGACGGUCGAGUACCGCGUUCUAAUAAAUAAAAAAAAAAUUCCUGCAAUCAUGCAUAGUAUACUAUUAUAACAUAAUUUUAUCAGCGCUAUAUCGUAUGUAGAUAGGAACAUCUUUGUAUGUACUAUGUACAUUAUACAAAUAGAGGUUCUACCGCUCUUCGUUAUCGAGACGACGAUGUUAUGAUAUGGUCCACGACAGGGGUGUAAAAAGGGUCGACGAUGAGGAGAACGCACUCGAACGUGGCACGCAUUAUAUAACAUUAUAUUUUAAUAAUAUACAGCAGUGAUUGGAGGAAGGCAGCGCAGAAAAAACAGAGUUUUCAAGUGUGGAGCCGUUUUGUUCCGCGCAGUUAUAAUAAUAUUACCUAUAUAGAUCGUUGUCGAUGAAAAUUAUUUCGAGAACUCGCAUUCGUCGGCGGAAACGGAUACGGAGCGCGCGUGACGUACUACAGUCUACGGCUAUCAUAUUUUCCAACCGGAAAACUCUGUAGGAGAAAAAGAUUGCCUGACGCGCGUCGAGUUUAAGACACUAUUAUUAUUGUAUAACUAUAUAGGCAAUUAUUAAAAUACAAUAUAAUAUAUAAUAGUAUUAUAUAAGCAACGCGUAUGUUAAUGGUUUUUUAUGUUUUGUUUUAUAUUCGUCUCGAAAAAAAUGUGUAAUGGAAACGCGGGCAAUAAUAUUUUUGUAGAUAAUAUAAUACUAUGUAAUAUGAUUAUUACAAGUGUAAUAAUCAUAACAGUAUGUUACAUGUUAAAACUUAGUGAUAAUUUAUUGAACGCGUGUAUACGUAUUGUUAUGUUAUAUUAUUAUUAUUAUUAAAACACGGCGUUAUAAUACGUACGUUUCGCGAUGACUUAAUCUGUCUCGUCUCUCCUACGUGCAUAAUGUUUAAUAUGUCACUUAUAUAUUAUACUACUACUUAUGAUAUAUAAUAUAUAAACAUGUCCACAACGUGUUAUAAUCAUAAUAAUAAUAACAUAAUAUCGUGUCCACUAUAAUAUAGCAAUAAUGUUGUAAUUCAUCGUGAUUUUGUUAAUUUUCGUAUCGUUUUAAAACUAAGUUAAAAUAUAUAAAUGUAUAACAUUGUAAUAUCCCAGCGCGUUAUUAUUUUCAUUUUUAUUACUAUUAUUAUGUUUCGGUAAACUUAUACUCGGGUGAGCUAACCCCAGGUCGGCGAGGUUAUCGUGUUUUUUUUUUUUUUUAGUAAAAGAGUGUUAGACUCUUCAGUCGAAUACAGCAGCCGGUUAUUACAUAUUAAUACAUAUUUCGAUUAUUUAUUUUAUGUUUGUUCAACAUUUACGACCUGAUAACGCAUACUCGGAAUCCAUACAUUAAUAUCAUAAUAAUCUCUACUCGAAAAACAUUCGCAACGUACAUUCAAGUAUCUUCAACACCGUAUUCACUAUUUGUUCCGUUGAUGUUAUAAUAUUUUUCUUUCCCAUGCUCAUACUAUGAUAAUUCUUUGUUGCCACGUUUGGUAUCAAUCAAUGAUUACUAUACAUUUUUAAUAUUAUACAUUCUAAUCGAACGUGUAAAUGAGCUCUGUCUUAGUAGGUAAUAAUAAAAAUAUAAUAUGUUCAGAACGUUUUAGUAUAGUGAUAUUAUAUAUUUAUAUUUAUAUAUAAUAUAUUAGACAAAUACUAGAAAUAUAGGUAGGUACGCCACCUCUUAUCUCAAAAUGAACGCGAUAUUAUUUCUUUAACCGUAAUUGUAAUUUUCCGGAAAAGUUUGGCGUUGCGCUAUUUUUUUCGUCUCGUUCACUCUAUUCAUUAUUCUAGCUUCUUUAAAUCGGUAUUAUAAUAAAUAAUAAUAUAAUAUUUUUUAUUGAUUUUGUAAUACGCGUGAUUUGACCACCUGCGAGACCCCGUACAUCGCAGCGUACACCUACACAGUAUAGAUAAUGCCCGUACCCACUGCACGGGAGUUAACAAUAAAUAUAAUUAAUUAUAAUAUUAUGAUGUUUAUUUUUCAAAUAUUAUGAGGGGCAAAUCGACUGAUUGUGAUAAUAGUUUUACGUUUAUAUGAAAAAAAAAUUAUAAUAAAUAAAUGAAUACUUAAUAAUAAUAAUUUUGAUUUGUAUUAAUUUAAAAUGAAUUUAUAAGCUAGUUGACGGCUGAGAGUAAUUGAAUUGUACAAAUUUCGCAAUGAACUUGUGAUGUUCUCUUUUUUUCAAAAACAUUUUAACAAAUUUUUGUUGUUUUUUUUACAAAAAUAUGUUAUGUUAGACCUAAUCAUGUUUAGAUUACGUAAUUAGACGAUAAGGAAAAUGACGUACAACAUAGAUUUAGUAUGAUAUUUGUUAUUGAAAUAUUAUUUAAUUUUUCUUUUUUAAUUUGUAUAAUUUUAUGAAUAGUAAUAAUUGGAAUUUAGGUGCCUUGAUUAGCUCGUUGUUAGAAUCUUCUUAUCUAUUUGAAAGUACAAAAUACUGAUUUGGAAAACGCACAGUUUCCGCUGAGCACGCACACAGUGAUUAUAUAUUUAAAUAUGCGUGUGUACGUGUAAACGAGUGUGCUCCUGUAUUAUAUAUAUAUAUAUAUAUAUAAUAUAUAUAUAUUAUACAUUAUGUUUGUUUGUCUGAUUGCUUUAUAAAACAAUAUGUACACGAAACGAAAGUGUUAUGAAUUCUAAACGAAAAGAUAAAUACUUUACUAUAAUAUUAUGUAUAUUAUUAAUUACAUUGUGGUCUAGCAGCGAUGAGCUCGACAUAACAUCGUCGAGAUUACAGAUACUGUUCUUUCCACACGCGAUUCUUUUCUAUUAUACUAUCUUCAAAAAUUCACUACGGUGGAAUAUUAUCGUGAUAAUCGUUAUUAAAUACCUAUUGAGUAAAUAAUAUUAACCUCGAUAAUUCUAACCGACACGGUAGUGAUGUAAUAUACCUUUGAGAGUCGAAUUAUUUUGUACAAUAUUAAAUAGUAAAUUCGUUUACAAAAAAUAAACAUAAUAUCUCACUCUAAAAUAAAACGGCUCGGGGCCAACUCAACGCGUAAUAACUUAUUUUCAGCAUAGAUAUCGGAAACGUAAUAUAUAAUUUGAAUUUUUUUUCUUGGUUAACGUAUUUUUUAUUCCUAGCACGAGGAUAAUUAAAAAAUCAUUAGCAACGUUGCGACACACUCGAGUACACCGCAUGUUACAUGCAUUAUUAUAUAUAAACCUAGUUAAAUAAUAUAUAUUUAAGUCACAGUUAAUACUUAAUAACAAUUUGUUACCGAUGUUUUAAUUUAUUUAUCUGUUUUUUUUUUUUUGUCAUUGUUGAACUAUUUUAGAACUCAAAUCUGUAUUGUUUAAAUGAUUACCGGAUAUUAUAUACAAUUGAAAAGUAGAUUCAAUUAUUAUUAUUGUAUAACACGUUUUUAAUUUUCUUGUAGCUAAAUAAUUAAUAAAGUGUUUAGUUCAAUAUUAA